AUGGCAGGUUCAUAUGACAAGCAGGCAGCAAUUUAUUUGGAUGGAAGGCCAAGAUAUCCAAAAGAAUGGUUCUCAAUGCUGGCUGCUCUCACCCCUGACCACUCUUUAGCUUGGGAUGCUGGCACAGGCAAUGGUCAAGCAGCUAUUUGUGUUGCAGAGCAUUACAAACAAGUGAUUGCAACUGACAUAAGUGAAGAACUGUUAAAGCAUGCCAUACAACAUCCCCAAAUACAAUACAUGCACCCUCUAUCAUCAAUGUCUGGUGAUGAACUAGUGAACUUGAUUGGGGGUGAAAAUUCAAUUGAUUUAGUUACUGUGGCUACGGCUGUGCAUUGGUUUGAUCUAGAAAAACUCUAUCCUGUCGUCAAGCGAGUUUUAAAGAAGCCUGGUGGUGUAGUUGCUGCUUGGAGAUACAAUAUCAUGCAAGUUAGCACAGAAAUGGAUCCUUUAUUAAAGAAAUUCUAUGAGGGAAUCGAAGUUUUCCUUUUCAAAACCCAAAAGUGUAGGUGUUCAGCUGUGAAUACAGCAAAGCAACAAGGUGUGAAUUUAUUAUCUGAAGAGGUUAAGAAGGAACUUGAAAGUGCUUGGGGUGGGCCUGAAUUGGUUAGAACUGUCAUUUACAAGACAUACAUGCACUUAAAUUGCACUCUUGCUGUCGCCCCGAAGUUUAUUAUUGUUGUUAUUGCAGUCCACUUGCUGUUUGGUGCUAAUAUGACAUUGUAG